AUGGUAUAUAUGAGACCCGACUUGGCGUAUGCUGCUAGAAUGGUGAGCCGAUAUCUGUCUAACCCCGGCAAAGAACAUUGGGAAGAAGUGAAGUGGAUAUUCAAGGGGAGAUGCCGACUCGAGGAAGUCGACGAUUGUAUAAAGGAUGUUUACUUCUCUAUGCCUCUUUGCCAUUCUAAAGUGGAGCAAGUCACUACUGAUGAUCUGGUUGAGCUCUCAGAGAUAGAGAAGCAAAAUCUGGGGCAGACUCCACGACUAAGAUCUUUCUCUGAUGUUGAUAAUACUCCACAAUCUUUGCUCGUUUUCAGUGGCAACAGGAAUGUACAUGGUUUAUAUGACAUUUUGCUAAAUUACAGAUCUUUCAUUUCCUCACUGUCUGGUAUGGACGUACCUGUAUUGUGCUCUCCUGUGCCAUUUCAGAAUGCUGCUUUGUCUUCUCCUGAUAUUAAAUUCAUGGAGAUGAGAAAAGCUGAACAUAUUGCUGCCUCUUAUAAUGGAUCGAUUUGUAAAACUGGUGAAUCUGCACAAGGUUCAUCAGAUAGCCUUUGUUGUAGCAUUGAAAUUAAGGAUGCAUUUCUUCCACCAUGGAUUAUUUGUGGUGUGUGUACCUUGCUGGGCUCUGAAGGAAGAAACUUUGAGGCAAGUUUUGUGGUGGAACCUAGCUCAAUUGGCUUGAAUGUUGCUUUAAAAUCAACUUGUGAGAAGCCAGAAUCUGAAGCAGCUGGUAGUCAAAGCUUGGCAAACUGCAGUGGUACAUUUGGUAUUCCAGAAGCUACAGUCACGUCUUGCUUGUGGUCAUGUUCACUAAAAGGCUUAAAGUACUCUGAUGGUUUUUGUACAGCUUCUCUAUCACCUGUAUGAUCAUCCUCAAUAAUUGAUUUUCAUCACAUGGCUGAUUAAUUUAUUUUAAGGCUUGCCCUUCCCUUACCCUCCAUAAAAUAAUGAAAAAGAGAACAAAUUCCUUUAUUGUUUGUGUUAAAAUCUAAUGGCCUGUUUUACUAGUGCCACUGUCAUACUUAUGACUCAUGUCUCAGUACAGAAUCUGCACGAAAAAUAGUUGAAUAAUGCAAACUACAAACUACAAAUUGUAUUAGAGGCAUGCUAUUCAGAGUUUGGAGUUGUUAUUCUCCAUACAUUCCUUUUUGUACUUCCUUUUUCAAAAUGUAUAGAAUUGUGCACAUAUUUCUUAGUUUGUGCAAGCAUUUUUUCCCGCAAUUUCA